AUCGUCGUCCCCCCUCCCCCGCCCCCGAAGAAGCAAUAGAGCGGUGACGAGCACGAAAUGGGAGCUGUGUCGAUGGUCGGAGGCGGAGACGAAGGCGACGACGUAGUCACCCCCGGCGAGCUCCUCGGCGACUCCGCCCACCUCGUCCCCGGGAGGGGCGCAUACCUCGCCCCCAACGGGCGCUCCGUGCGCGCGUCGCUCACGGGGACGCGGAGGCUCGUCCCUCCCCCUCCCGGCUCCUCCGACCAGAGGUCGGUUGUGGAGGUCGUUGGUCUCAAGGCCCAUGGCGCCGUCCCGCAACCGGGAUCGAUCGUCGUUGCUCGAGUAACCAAAGUUAUGGCUAGGAUUGCUUCAGCUGAUAUCAUGUGCGUCCAGUCCAAAGCUGUGCGAGAAAAGUUCACGGGGAUAAUAAGGCAACAAGAUGUGAGGGCAACUGAAAUAGAUAAAGUGGAUAUGUACCAGUCUUUCCGACCUGGUGAUAUUGUUAGAGCUUUGGUUCUCUCUCUUGGCGAUGCAAGGGCGUAUUACCUUUCUACUGCUAAAAAUGAACUUGGAGUAGUCUCUGCUCAAAGUAUUGCAGGUGGUACAAUGAUCCCAAUUAGCUGGACAGAGAUGCAAUGUCCACUGACUGGACAGGUCGAACAGAGAAAAGUUGCAAAAGUGGAUUAAACGCACGCUAUCUGAAAAGCUAAGAAAAAUGAUUGCAUAACUGAGUUCGUCCGACGCUCAAAUGCUUUACACUUGUUUCCUUUCCUCAAGCCCUUGAAUGGAGCUGACGGGGGGAGCGCCAGUAGGUAAGUGUUUUGUUCCACUAGGAAAAUGGAUCCCAGAUACUCAUGUCUCGUGUUUUAAACAAUUUCAGAAAGCUAUAGUUAUCCCCAGCAAUAACCAAAUUUAGUGCUUACGGUGCUUUGAAGCGCUGGUAGGUUUGUUGCUGGGUAUAGACAAAGCUGUUUAUUUUCCUUCUUUUUUUAUUUAAAAAUUAAAAUUAAAGAACUUGUGCUAUAUUCUCUUCUGUGUUUAUGGGCUAGAUGAUUUCCCAAAUGGUA